CAUCAACAACAAGAAAACCAAAACUUGCUCAUCACUUGACUGAUAGCUUUUGCAGACUUCCGAGCAUCGGAGCUCUGCGACUACGGGGAGCGCCGUUUUUCUACCUUAUAUCCGGCUGAUCUCUUCGUACCCUUUGACGAUUCCGCGAGAUCUUUAUCUUGCCGGUUCUUUGGCUCCUUCGCUACAAUGACUCGAGUUUACAUUGGUAACCUGGAUCCACGCGUUACAGAGAGGGACCUUGAAGAUGAAUUUCGAAUGUUCGGCGUUCUUAGGAGUGUUUGGGUUGCUAGAAGGCCUCCGGGAUAUGCAUUUAUCGAGUUUGAUGAUCGCAGGGAUGCUCUAGAUGCAAUACAAGCAUUGGAUGGGAAGAAUGGUUGGCGUGUGGAGCUAUCUCAUAACUCUAAAGGCGGUGGAGGAGGUGGUGGUCGUCGUGGCCGUGGUGGUGGUGAUGAUUUGAAAUGUUAUGAAUGUGGUGAACCUGGUCAUUUUGCUCGUGAGUGUCGUUCACGUGGGGGCUCACGAGGUGUAGGUGGUUUGCGUCGUAGUCCUUCUCCUCGACGCCGCCGGAGUCCAAGCUAUGAAAGAUAUGGCCGCAGGAGCAACAGUCCUCGUGGUAAAAGAUCCCCACGACGUCGCAGCAUUACACCUCCUAAGCGUGGUCGAAGCUACAGCAGAUCUCCUCCAUACCGCCAUGCUCGUCGUGCUUCACCUUAUGCUAAUGGAGAUUGAUGCUGGAAUCAAGGCUGGAUGCUGUGCUGGUAGAACUUAGAUGGUAUUUCUGCUAUACUGUAGUUCUAAUAGGAAUUGUGGAGUGAACCGGAAUCGUGUAGUUAAGUUCAUCUGACAAUUGGUUCUCUUUGAAACCUGGAUUUGGAUGGGUAUCUACGAAGUGGUUUAAGCCACGAAAUGGGGUUCUGUCUGGCACCAUUUUGUGUUGGCUCUCUUCCACCCUGCUGAAACUCGGAGGUUUUCUUUCUUGCUUUCAAAAUUAUAUCUUCUACCUAGAGUUUUAUAUAUACCUUUCUAUCUAUUUGUUAAUAUUUCUUUUUCAUUGGACGCCCCUAAAGAUUUAUCUGUUGGCUGUUUUUUUCCUUUCUUGUUCUUUUGAGGUGUGAUUUUCGGCUAUAUAUGGCAUCGUUACUCAGCUAACUGCAUCUUAGUGCAUCACGCUUCUCAAUAUCUGCUCUGCUCCUCAAUCAUCUUCUUGUUACUACAACUGGUUGCAUGGUGUUUGUAUUGCACUCUUCUGCAAGAAGGCUGCCUAUAUUGUUAAAUCCUUUUUAGGUGGUUGAAGAAGAUGAAGCUGUUUUUAUGUGAUUUUCUGCUCAUCAUCUUCUCUCGCCUAUCAACGUUUUACGAGCUUCUUCUAUUACAUGCACGAAACUAUCGUGAGAGAUUCUUCUACUCAUUUUAUAGCAUCGGCAUCUUUGUGAGCUUCAACUUGUUUAUUGCUCUCCCCAAAUUCUGCCUUGCUCCACCAACCUACCUUCCAUUGUUAUGCAUCCUCCUUCAAUAGCACUUCCCCCUUAAGUUUGAGACCACCACAACUGUUAUCUUCUUCUCAUUAGUUUGUGGUGGUUAUAUUGACUGUUUCUUGUUUGUUCUUUGCAUAGAGAUAUACAUUUAAGACCCCAUUUUCAAUUAAAGAAUCCUCAUUAAUUGAUCUUAUUUGUGAGGUUAUCUUCUUUAAUUGACGGUUCUCACAAAUAAUGUAGAGGCAGCUUUUCAGCCUUUGGAUCU